CAGAACGUCGGACGUAUCCGUGAGAUUUCCGAAGGGAUCGCGUUCGGGGCUAGGCCCGGACCAGGCCGUGGCUCCCCUUCUUUACGCCCGUGCUCUCCCUACCCGGUGCCAGUGUGGGAAUGAUCAAUGAGCUAAGCAAUGUUCCUGUCCCUGUCAUGUUAAUGCCAGAUGACUUUAAAGCCUACAGUAAGAUUAAGGUGGACAAUCAUCUUUUCAACAAGGAAAAUUUGCCGAGCCGUUUUAAAUUUAAGGAGUACUGCCCGAUGGUGUUCCGAAACCUCCGAGAGAGAUUUGGGAUCGAUGACCAAGAUUAUCAGAACUCGGUGACGCGGAGCGCCCCAGUGAACAGCGACAGCCAAGGUCGCUGUGGGGCCCGUUUCCUGACCACUUACGACAGGCGGUUUGUCAUUAAGGCCGUGUCUAGCGAAGAUGUAGCGGAGAUGCACAACAUACUCAAGAAGUACCAUCAGUUUAUAGUGGAAUGCCAUGGGAACACCCUCCUCCCCCAGUUCCUCGGCAUGUACAGACUCACCGUGGACGGGGUGGAAACCUACAUGGUGGUCACCAGGAACGUAUUUAGCCACAGGCUGACGGUGCAUCGAAAGUACGACCUGAAGGGCUCAACGGUGGCCAGGGAAGCAAGUGACAAAGAAAAGGCCAAGGACUUGCCAACGUUCAAAGACAACGACUUCCUGAAUGAAGGCCAGAAGCUCCACGUGGGAGAAGAGAGUAAAAAGAACUUCCUUGAAAAGCUAAAGCGGGACGUGGAGUUCUUGGCUCAGCUGAAGAUCAUGGACUACAGCCUGCUGGUGGGCAUUCACGACGUUGACCGGGCAGAGCAGGAGGAGAUGGAAGUGGAGGAUCGGGCCGAGGACGAAGAGUGCGAGAACGAUGGCAUUGGCGGGAACCCUGUUGGCUCUUAUGGAACCCCCCCUGACAGCCCUGGCAACCUCCUCAACUUCCCACGGUUCUUCGGGCCUGGGGAGUUUGACCCUUCGGUCGACGUCUAUGCCAUGAAAAGCCAUGACAGUGCCCCUAAGAAGGAGGUGUAUUUCAUGGCCAUUAUAGACAUUCUCACGCCAUACGACGCGAAGAAGAAAGCUGCACAUGCUGCCAAAACGGUGAAACAUGGGGCUGGAGCAGAGAUCUCCACGGUGAAUCCGGAGCAGUACUCUAAACGCUUCAAUGAAUUUAUGUCCAAUAUCCUGACAUAGUCGUCUUCUACCUUGAGCCAGAAAGGAAGAGGGGCUACUUCCAAGCAGAGAACGUGGCCUGUGACACUAAAACAGACACUGUAGCAGCACGUGGGGUGUGAGUGAGUGUGAGCAUGUGGCACUGUAUGACUCACAGGAAACUAAUUAGGUGCAUUCUCAAAAAUUCCACUUGACCCAGGUGGAAAAGUGGCUUUUUUUCUUUUGUUACAGAAAUGCCCAAAUAGAGAUUUGAGGCUUUUUUUUUUUUAAGAAAAAAAAUUUAAUUGUCAGCACUGCUGUUCAUAAUGACUUUUCUCCUCUCUGCUUGAGAGGUGAGUAAGGAUACCAUCUAUGGCUGUUGAAAAGGGGUAGCUCUAACCUGCUGCUUGUGUUAAAUAAGAGAAGCAAUGCCUAAAACCACAAGUUGCUGUUCUUU